AUGGAUUAAAAGAAGGACAUUAUUCUCAAGAAAAUUGCUGAGAAUGAGGAAACCACCAUCUAAAAGUUGCCCCCCCAGAUUAGACUGCCCAUCCCUUUGAAACACAAAGUCCAAUGCGGUGGAGGCACAUUUGAAAUUUACACUCAUUAUGAGUUAUAGCGCAACAUUGGAAAUGGAGCCUUUGGUUUUGUUUGCUCAGGGAAGGACAAAUUGAACAACAUAGACGUAGCCAUUAAGAAGGUAUCAUUCUCAAUUUAUCUCUAGAUUGCAAUGGUCUUCAGAGAUUUGCUGGAUGCCAAAAAGGUGCUCAGAGAAAUAAAACUAUUGAGUAUAUUGUAACCUUUAAACUUAGAGUUCUUCGAUAAUCCCAAUAUAGUUAAAUUAUUGGACAUCAUCGUUCCCGACGAUUAGGACACCUAUAAGGAUUUGUACUUGGUGUUUCAACUCAUGCAUCUGGAUUUAGAAAAGGUCAUCCAAUCUCCUCAACCUUUAACUGACAAGAAGAUCAAUUGGUGCAUGUAUCAAAUCAUCAGUGGCUUAUAUUAUAUGCAUUCAGCCAACAUCAUCCACAGAGAUCUCAAACCAAAUAAUAUAUUUAUAAAUGCGAAUUGCCAUAUAAAAAUUGGCGAUUUGAAUCUAGCUAGAAAAUAAGAAGUAGAAAACGCCUCAAUUCAAACUGAUUAUGUCGUUCAAAGAUGGUAUCGAGCACCAGAGGUUUUGCUCUCUUCCAGUGAGUAUACCAAAGCCAUAGACAUCUGGUCUCUGGGCUGCAUUUUGGGUGAACUCUUAGGAAGAACCAUUUUGUUCAAAGGCAUGCAUCACUAGGAAUAAAUUGAAAAAAUCGUUGCUGUCCUAGGGAAACCCAAGUAGGAAGACUUGCCAUAUGAAAUUGACGAAUAAUCUACUGAGUUCCUAUAGCAAUUACCAGAAAGAGAAGCCAUCAAAUGGGCUGAUUUUUUUCCCUUUGCCUCUCCUUUAGCUCUGGAUUUGCUAGAACAUAUGUUAGUAAUUAAAUUCUAUUUACAUUUAUUAAGGUCUAUAAUCCGAAUAAGAGAUAUACAAUCUAAUAGUGUAUCGAGCAUCCCUAUUUUAAGCAACAUUACAUAGACCACCCACCUCAAGUUUGUCAGGAAUCCUUCGAUUGGUCUUUCGACGAUAUUGAACUUAAGGAGCACGCCUUGCGAAAAGCUUUGUAUUAAGAGGCACUUGAGUUCUUAAAGCCAAAAAAAUGA